AGGCUAGAGGGGCCGGUGUCAGCGGCGCUCCCGCUGCGGGGAGGAGGGGGCGGCGCGGCGCGGCGCCUGCGACCCGGCCAGCGCCUUCCCCCCACCGGCGCCUGCCCUGGGCCCAAGCCGUGCUUUCUUGGCCCUGCUUUACGUAGCAAGGCCGCAGCUUCCCCACUUAGGAUUGCUGGGGUGCUUUCAGAGGGCUUUGACUUUGCACGAAGCAACCGCUUUAGGCAGGCCAGGCCUGGGAGGCUGCUGUGCAUUUCUGUGGGAUGAGCUAUCUGCUGCCCUGUGCUAUAUUUACACUCAUGGGACUGCUGUUUGCAAGAACGAUGGCCUGGACUUCAAGUGGAAAGACGCACCCUGAGCUAGUCAACAAUCUGUACAAAAAAGGAAUAAUUAAAUCCCAGCGGGUCUUUGAUGUGUUAUUGGCUACUGACAGAGGUCACUACAUCAAAUAUUUCCCAUAUAUGGAUUCUCCUCAGUCUAUUGGAUACAAAGCUACAAUCAGUGCACCACAUAUGCAUGCCCAUGCACUGGAACUGCUGAAGGAUCAGCUUGUGGAAGGUGCCAAGGCAUUAGAUGUUGGAUCUGGAAGCGGGUAUCUUACAGCUUGCUUUGCCAGGAUGAUGGGCCCAACAGGAAAAGCUGUGGGUGUAGAACACAUUAAGGAGCUGGUACAGGAAUCCAUCAGAAAUGUCCAAGAAGAUGAUCCAACUUUGCUUAGCUCUGGCCGUGUAAAAUUUGUGGUUGGAGAUGGCAGACAGGGAUACCCUGAAGAUGCUCCUUAUGAUGCCAUUCAUGUUGGAGCAGCAGCAGCGACUGUACCAAAGGAGUUGCUGAAUGAACUGAAGCCAGGAGGUCGGUUAAUAUUGCCUGUUGGUUCUGAAGGUGCAAACCAAGUUCUGAUGCAAUAUGACAAAACCAGCGAUGGGCAGAUCCUUGAAACACAACUGAUGGGUGUGAUCUAUGUUCCUCUGACAGAUAAGGAAAAGCAGUGGCCUCGGGAUGAAAUCUGAUGGAUGGAUAUCUCUAGAGUGACCUCAGAAAGCUCAUGAAAGGGACUUUUGACUGUACAUGUGUAUGUUGGUGGUGGUGUGGGUUUUUUGUGUGUUUUUUUGUUUUUUUUUUUUUUAAUGGAAACUUUAUCAGUGGACACGCUUGCAAGCACAAGUUCUCCUUUUAAAGAGCUUGUUACAGAAGGCUGAAGAAAGGGUAUUUCUCCCAAGGACCUGGAGGCUCUAGAAGCCCAUGUCUGGUUCCAGACAGUGAGUUGAUUCAGGGAAGUUGUUAUCCUCUUUGAUAAACUAUCAAUAAUAUCUAUUUACAGAGAACUUCCAAACCAGACAAAUACUUAAAACUUCAUAAUUUGUACCUAACUAAAAAUACCCUUUAAUACUGACUGCUUCACCUAAUGCUUGGGGGGGGG